ACUUCGAAUCGCGAAAUCGUCGUUCCUCGACUUCACCUCAACAUCGGGACAUCUCGACCGCAAACGAACACGAUGCGGCCGAUUCACCAUCUUCUCCUAGCCGUCCUCAGCGCAGCCCUGGUUCGCGCCGAGAGCCAGGCGACGGUAGCGACGGCGGCGAUCUACCUCCAGCCGAUCACAUCCCCGGAAGCGCCGCCGAGCCUCCUAGCCGAGGUCGCGUACGACCCCUCGGACCCGUCGGCGCCGGAGGUCACGAGCUACGAGGCGCCCGAGCUUCCGGACGAGGCGCGGCUGGUGCGGGUGGGCAUCUACGACCGCUCGGCGGCGCGGUGGGCGUCGUCGACGACGGUGGCGUCGGCGGACAGCUUUGGGAAGGGGUACUCGCCGCACUUCACGGUGUCGGUGGAUCUGGAGGGGAACGGGCUUGGGGUCUCGUGCAGGGGGGUCAGGAUCGAUGCCGGGCACACGAGGGACUUUGGCCCACAGGCGAAGGUGGUCGUCACGGCGAGGGGCAAGCAGCCUGACCUGAAUAAGCCAGUGGUACUGUCGCCUGAGGGGAGGACUGUGGUACAGGAGGAGAAGUCAUGGUUCUUGAAGUACUGGUGGGUGUUUGCUGUCGGGCUCUUCCUUCUCACGUCGGGCGGUGGUGGUGGAGACAAAUAGAAUACAGUUAUUUCUACAGCAGAUGCGCUCUUUGAGAACAAAUGAAUAUCUUGCGUCUGGUAGUGGACAGGUAGGUAAUGUCUCUAAUGUGACGGCAAGUGCCUGG